UCGUCGAUAGACUGGCAGGGCAGGCCAUCUCAAAAAUCUUCUUCAGUUCUUCCCCUCACCUCUUCUCAGUCUAAACCCGGACCCCACUUCUCUCUUAUCUCAACCCGAAUCAGCCAUGGUCGCAGUCGCGCCUGACUCUCCCAAGUCCGCCAUCAAAUUCCUUUGUAGCUACGGCGGCAAAAUCCUCCCCCGCUAUCCCGACGGCAAGCUCCGUUAUCUUGGCGGCCACACCCGUGUUCUCUCCGUCCCCUGCUCCAUUUCUUUCUCCGAGCUGUUGUUGAAGAUGGGAGACUUGUGUGGCUCACCUGUUAGCCUCCGUUGUCAAUUGCCCACGGAAGAUCUUGACGCUCUGGUUUCUAUCACCUCAGAUGAAGAUCUAUCUAACCUCAUCGAGGAAUAUGAUCGUGUUGCGUCGCCAUCUUCCGCUUUAAAGAUCAGAGCCUUCCUUUAUCCGCCGAAAUCAUUGAACAAGGUUGCUUCCUCUUCCUCCUCGUCGCCGUCCCCGUCGUUGUCUUUGUCCAAAUCAUCCUCAUCUACGUGGUCUUCGUCGUCGUCUUCGUCUUCAUCUCGCAGUCCUACUUCUGCUUGUGGUUGCUCUGGUAUUGUUUCAAGCCGGAGGUAUCCGGUGAAGCCCGCCAUGGUCGGCCGUUGCGUCCGCUUGAUGUCGGCGCCGAUGGCGUAUCCAAUUGGCGUGGGCAAAUCUGCUGAGAGGAAUAUUCCGCUUCCUUACUGUGCUUAUCAUGCUCAAAGAAAUAACGGCCACAUUGACCUUAUCCACAGCGUGAACCACUGGCAAUAGUGCUGAAGUAAUUUGAUUCGUGGACACUAUAAACAUGAAGAAGCAGAUAUCAUAAAUAGAAAAGAACAAGAAAAAGCAAAAGGAGUUUAAAAGUUAUACAUAUUACGAUGAAAAAUACUGAGAUAUAUGAUGUAUAUGAAACUAUCAAUCGUUGAGAAGGAUUGCCGUUUUAGCUUGGUGAUCCUGGAUCAUUAAUGAAUUUUCAGUCCGUUUUCGUUUUGGGUCCA